GCAAGUUUCCUCACGAUGUUUUCCUGCACCGUUAAAGCAAGUGAUAAUUCACAAAACGCCAUCUAGUUUAUGUGAACUUUAUGCCUAUCCUAGGUAAAUUAGAUAUUGAAGCGGCUUCAAUACGUAUAGGUAUUAGACUAGGGAUAGAGCGACAAAAAAUGCGAGUAGCCGGAAUGCGCCGAAUCACUUUUUAUCAAAAGGCUGCAGUCGUUAAGCUGUGUCAUUCACAAUAGUUUAAAAAUCGGAAAAUGUUGAGCGAAAAACUAUCGUGAACAAUAGUCCUAAAAGCCUGUUUUACAACUUCUGAGUAUUACGUCAUAUGGACGUCAUAUUAUGUUGAAUUAAGCACUGUAUAUAAUAUAGCAAACUACGUAAUAUAUUAUGCUAGCUGUAUUCAUAUCAAGUAAAUGUCAAUUAUUGUGAAAGUAGUAUUAAGAUAUUUUUAUUGUGUAACUUGUUGUCAAAUUGUGCAUCAGUUUUAUGAAUCGAAUAAUAAAAAUAUAAGCCGACUAAAUACAAAAGUCAGACUCUAAUCUCCCAAAUAAAUGGUUAUAACCUGAGUACGAUCUACAGUAACUAAUACGAUAACAAUCUAAUAAAAUUUACUUGAAACAGACCUUAAGUCUUUUGCAAUACUGACUUUUAAAAGAUAUCGUCCGCGUACCCUUUUUCUAGUCUUUGCUUACGGCUAUACCUGAGUGGAAUAGGCUUUGUGACGAAUAUGAAAAAGUAGCCUAUUUUCUUUACAGCUUACACUUUAUCAAAUUUUAUCAAAAUCGAUUGAGUGGCUAUUUUACAGCGGGAAUUUUAGUCUCGAAAUUGACUCAAGCGAAGCCGCGCACUGAAGCAAAUAUACUCUUUACUACAUCGUAACAUCUUAACAUUAAUAAGGCAUUAUGGGAACAAACAUCUGAUGAGUUUUGCGCAAGCGUAGUGCAUUGCAUUACUUUGUAAUUCCAGUUUUGUUGUAAAUUCCUUAUGGGCAGUAACUACCCAUCGUGCAUGCUACUCUUUCAGUUCAGUUGUGUUAAAAAGAGCUAAAAACGCCCUAAGUCUCAACGCAGACGCUGUUAGGUUGAUUUAUUAAUUUAGCAAUGUAUUUUGGACAACUAAGUUUCAGCUCCUUGUCGCCAUUGUGUCGUGUGUUGGUGUUCAACAAACCGAUGUAUACAAAGAUAUGGGAAUCUGCGUAACAGCUUACUUUAUAAAGUUUUUUUUAUCGAACUCCACAGUCAACAUCGGGGACUCUUGUGAAUGGCGUACAGGAAUCCCCUAGCUUAAAACUGCAGGGAAGAAGUUGGGGUUGGAAGGGGAUAGCUGGAAAGGAAGUGUGAGGGAAAUAUAAGGAAACCUCUUAGGAUGGGAGGAUAGAAGAAGACCAGGAAAUGUUUGCGAACUUUAUGGACCUCAAUGUGAAUUGGCAACCAUGAGGUGUCCACACUUAACUGUGUGCCUAGGGCCGCGACAAAUGUACCCCCGCGGUAGUGUAUGGAGUUUUGUGUUAAAGUAGAACUCUUUUACGAAAACAUCGUGUAUUAUUAAAAUAUGUUUCAUUAAUUUGAUUAUAUUCUGAGGGUUAAUGGAACAUUGGCCCAGAUUUUUUAUUGAUAUACGUUUUCUAUUGAAACGGCAUGUAGGGCAGUUAAAGUACAGUUAAUUUUGCGAAAAGGUUUUCUUAAAUGGGCCGUCUAUUGUCGUGUGGGUUUGUUGUUAUCAUACAUGGGCUAUGACCCCUAAUUUGAGUCCUAAAUCGACUAAUUUCAAUUAAUGUUUCUCUUAUAAUUAAACGCGUAAGCUGUUGAGGAUUCCAAAUUGACGAUUAAUAAGAUUGGUAAAGUUUUGUAGUACAAGUUGCAUCUCUACCUAUCCAUUUGAGAAUAAUAGGCGUGAGCUUAUAAGAACAAGGACAUCGCUAAACAUUACCUACUUAAUUUUAUAUGUAGAACACAAAAAAUAUUAAACAUUGACGUUUCUUAAGUCAUGAAUAAAUUCAUUUGAUAAAUUAAAAUUAUUUUUUUUAAAUAUUAUGUAUAAGUGCUAUGUUUGAAUCAUAGUUUUAAUUAAUAAAAUACGAAAGCAAUUAGUUAUAAAUUAGUUACGGUACAAGAGUUAAUAAUUAUUUUUUACUAUUCUGUGAAUAUUUCCAAGAACAGUUUGAAUAACAUUAAUUUCCUAAAACAUUUUUACGUCAAAUAAUGUCAGAAUAAAGUGUGACCAUGGGUUGUGGUCCUUCACGCGACAUGGUCAAAGUCGGGGGAGCUACCAGCCCGGGGAAGGUGGCGAAUGGCAAAACCGCUGACCCCGACGAGCCUGAUGAUCUACCGACCGUGGUUUUACCAGACACCCCGGCUCAGGCCAAGCCUCCGGUAGCAUUCGAAAUCCCAGUGGAAGAGUUUGACGGUAACCGGCGACCAUCUAACACCCCGCCAGCUCACCUGCAACGGCUGCUGCAACCCCCACAGCCAGAUAUCAGCCUACCAGAGAUCGAGGAGAAGCUAGCUGAAGCGGAACAGAGAAGACUUUCGAUCCUACAACAGCGUGCAGCGUCUGCCCAAAAACGAGCUCAGAAGAUGAUCAGAUCUGUCCACGAAUUGGACACGCUGGCCGCGGAACAUGAGCCGACUGAAACGAAUAAGCUUGGCACAAACACGCUGACCAUCCCGCCGGAGCCAGGAGUGUGUGAAGACAAGAACAUAGCGUGAAGAUACGCUAACAUUCUCAAUUUUAAUAAGAUAAUUUUAUUUAUAGGAUAAGUUAUUUAAUCAAUGUCAAGGAGCGUUAGACUUAUAUUUAUAUCGUAUUAUUAAAUAAAAAAGUAACAUAGAAUUCCUUAUGAAAUGAAGCCGUUAUUAAUGUACAGUCAGCCUCAGAAUUACCGCAACAAAUUCAAAAUGCUUCCACACAUUAACCUCAAUUAAAAUAUUCUUUUUUUUACCUAAAACACAGUAAACCCUUUGAAGUUUAUUUUAGUGAAGAAAAACGAUGGUUGAUAAUAAUACAAAAACAAAGACGAUUUGAUAUUUUUAAUUUAUUCAGCUACUUUUGUGACUGACUGUACCCAUUAAUAUUGUUUAAAGUAAUAAUUAAAUUAUCUGAAGAUUAAUAUAAUUUUUACUAAAUUUCGAGUUGUACGAAUAACAACUGCAUUUUAUUACUUUACUUAUCCUUUCAAGAGUAAGUCGUGACGAUAAGAAACACAAAAUAUUUAAAAUUACCAUAAAUUAUUCCUGUUUUUAUCAAGGAAUUGUAAAUAGGAAGUAAUUUUAACAUUUUCUUUAUGAAAUAAACGUUUUUAAAUUUCCA